AAUAUGGGCAAGGUAUAAAUGGCAUUGACGUGAGUGCAGUAGCUUCUAAAAACAGACGUGAUACCAGCAGCAAGAGAGAGAGAGUGGGGGGAACAACACACCCUCCCUGUACUCUUCGGCCUGGGGAUAUUUUUUUAUAAAACAAUCUUUUCCUGACGUUAACCCAGCUCUUGUCUGCGUCGUUCCCGGAAGCCCGGUGAACCAUGGAGAACCUCGAGAAGCAACUUAUUUGCCCGAUAUGCCUGGAGAUGUUUACAAAGCCCGUGGUCAUCCUGCCUUGUCAACACAACCUCUGCAGGAAAUGCGCCAACGACGUCUUCCAGGCCUCCAACCCGUACCUGCCAACCAGCCGGAGCGGCUCACUGGCAUCUGGCGGCCGCUUCCGCUGUCCGUCCUGCCGGCACGAGGUGGUCUUGGACCGCCACGGCGUCUACGGGCUGCAGCGUAACCUGCUGGUGGAGAACAUCAUCGACAUGUUCAAACAGGGGUCCGGCAGCGGCGGCGCGCCGGCGCCCGAGCGCAAGGAGGCGGCGGCGCCCAUGUGCGACGUUCACAAGGAUGAGAAGAUCAACAUCUACUGCAUCAGCCACAACGUGCCCACGUGCUCCAUGUGCAAGGUGUUUGGCGUGCACAAGGACUGCGAGGUGCAGCCCAUCAACAGCAUCUACCAGACCAAGAAGACGGAGCUGAACGACGGCAUCGCCAUGAUGCUGGGCAACAACGACCGGCUGCAAGGCAUCAUCAGUCAACUGGAGGAAGCCUGUCGCGCCAUCGAGGAGAACAGCCGGCGUCAGAAGAAUCUUGUGUGCGAGAAAUUCGACCAGCUGUACACCAUCCUGGAGGACAAAAAGCGCGACAUGAGUCUCAAGGUGACGGCCGAGCAGGAGGAGAAGGUCAGCUACAUCAGGAACCUGACCAGGAAAUACGGAGACCAUCUGGAGGAGAGCUGCAAGAUUGUGGAGAAAGGGCUGGAGAUCAUGGAGGAGCAGGAGAUGGCCGUCUUCCUGCAGAACACAAAACCUCUCCUGAAACAGCUAGCGGAAGCGUGUAGCGUAUCGCACCUGGACAAAGUGGAGCGAGGCUACGAGAACAUGGAUCACUUCACCGCCGAUUUCCGCCGAGAGCGCAAAGUGUUGGGCAGCAUCGACUUCCUCCAAGAUGACGAUGAUGACGAGGAUGAGGAGGAGGACGAAGCGGCGGAAGGAGAGGCGGCGGCGCCUGCGACCUCCGCCGCUAGCACGCCCGCCGUUUCUUCCGUACCGCCGCUUCCUGCCCCAACCACGCAGACAAAUCCCGUCCCCGUCGCAGCUAAGAGUGCGACUUCUGCCUAGAGUGUUCGCCCCAGUCAGUCAGAACACCUUGGGGGGGGGCAAAAGUGACAAAGAUAAACCAAGUGGAAAGCACAAUGACUGAACUUGUUACCGCCUGCGUUGUCCGUGCGUCUUUCUCACGAUUAACGGAGCGUUUCUUCCGAUGUUUCCUACUUUAGCAACCUUCAAAAGCACGUAAAUAAGUCCUUUUUUGGGUUUUGUUUUUAAACCUACCUUUAUGUGGAGCCGAUAACUUGAGCUGCAACUAACCAUGAUUUUCACCCUUUCACGCACCGUGUUAACCGGAUAACGCGAUAAGCUGUCCACUGUAGUAACCGCUGUCCCUCAAUUCGUCUGUUGAUUGUUUUUGUCAAACAGUCAAUGAAUCAGUUAAAAAAAAAAGAUUUUAAAUGUCCAUGCCUUUAUUCCAAAACAGGAUAUUAUUUCAACAACAACAGUGCACCAAGAUGAAUUCAUUAUGCUUCAUCCAAGUUCAGACCAAAACAUUUUAGGCCACAAAUAUUUUGAAGGGCACAAAAAUUUGGGGGCAGUUUUUUUGAGUGGGGCAGACCAAAACGUUUGAGGCCACAAUUUUUUUUUUGGGGGGGGGGGGGGGGUUCUCAUUUUUCUUCCGGGUGAAAUAAGCCUAUAUAGUGCACACACUUUCAAUGCAGCACUGAGCCGCAAGUCGAAGAAGGAUGACUCACAGCCUUUUUGUUUAGUCUGCGCGGAGAGUGUGGCUGAAGGAUCAGCAAAAACACCCGCAUAUAUAUAUAUUGUAUAUAUAUAUAUGUAUAUAUAUAUAUAUGGAUAUAUUUUUUUUCUUUUUCAACAGCUCAUUAGACAUGCCAUUCAAGCUUCUUGUCACUUUACCUGCCUCUCGAGGAAGAGGCGAAAGGUCGAGAAGAAUGUACGACACCGGUGUUGACGUUUUUCAUUGUUAUUUUGGAAGCGAAUCCGCAUGCAGCGUGAACCCACGACUUGGCUUUUAUAUGAAUCAAUAUCUGUGUAGGCAAGACUGUGCGGAAUGAUGCAUCUCUGCUGGCUUCGCAGCUCGCUGCCAUGUCGGCUAUUAUAUGUGUCCAAAUGGGGGAUUAUUAUCUUUUUUUUUUAAUGAAUACUACAAACAGCAAGAUUUUGCUUUUAUCAGAAGGAGAAAGAUGUGACUUAGGUGUGGAGGCUUUACAAAAUGGUGCUCGUUCAUCAUUUGCAGCCAUUUUAUGCAGUUUAACCAUUGUUUGGACAUGAUCAGAUUCUCCAUAUUUACCAUUAAAUAUGUGGAAAUAUUAGUGACAGUCAUUUGUGGCCACUUUUUUUUUUACUUUAGUUGACUUCAGAUUGUCAUUUUAAAUGAAAGGGAUUUCAGACAUUUUUGGACACAUUUGAUCAUCACUUAUCAGCCCCACUCUAUAUUUACCAUUUAAUAUCUGCAAUUAUUUGUGACAUUAAAUAUACACAAAAUAAUUAUUGCCUCAAAUCGGUUGCUGUCAAAUAUCUGUGAGUAGUCGUUAUUUCGAAAUCAUUUUUAAAGGGGAUUCUUACUAUCGCGUGUACGGAUUUCCACAGAGAAAUGUAAAAAAUCGUACUUGAAGUAGUUGCUGGGUUUUCUUUAUUAGAAAAGAUGGUUUUAUAUAUACGAUGUUCUCCUGCACAUGACUGCUUGCACAUCAGUUUAUUAACAAACAAAAGUAUCAUAUGUACAGGGAAAAAAAGCAACUUCUCCCCAGAUACAAAUGUGUUUUUGUUUCUUUUUCAUAUUUGAACAUCCAGUUUGAGCUGUAAAUGAUAGCGCAGCAAAAUAAAUAAAUAUAUUUUAUUUUGUA